GCCUCACUCACUCACGCCACACACCCGCCUUAGUUAACACACGACACUCGAGGCAGGACUGCUGCUGCUGCUAUUGCUGCUGCUGCUGCCUGCUUCACUGUUCUUUGUCUCACCGGGAUGUGUAAUACUGCCUCCAGAACUGGCUUGCUCCUCUUCCUCAUCAUUGUUGGCAGUGAAUGUGUCCGGCAGAAGCGACAGGACCUCAUACCCUCUCCUCGGGUGGGGAAGAGGGUGGUGCUGAGGGGCGACAGCCAAGGCGACGUGGACAUCCUGCUGAAGGGGCUGGCAGACACAGGCGACAUCCGGCCAGAGCUGCUGAGGGAGGGAGAAGAGGACUGGACUUCCAUCCUCACUGGUCCAGGCCAUGAGCCCCGCCUGAACACAGUGAAUGAGUGGCUGCACCAGUCUGCCGCCUCUCGCCGACCUCGCUCGCACCGCAGAGAGCAGGCUGCCCUCUCUCCUGCGCACCUCCAAGCACUUGUAUCCACGCUAUACAACUGUGUGCAAAGAGUGGAGGCCUUGAUUUCAGAUACAGAGGAAAGUGACUCUCGAAGCAAGCUCGCGCUGUAGGGAAAACUAAAGGACUGUUGUGACCAUGGCAACGAAGCGACGGAGUCAGGCACAAUCAAGGUCAGGCAUCGCACCACUGAAAGGUUUCCGAAGCGUCCCUCAACUAUAGCGGAGAGGUGAGCGCCGAGCGGGACGUGAUGGCCGUAGUGCCUGGAACAGACUCCGCACCACGAGACGCUUGCAUGGGACACUCACCUGGUGUAUAGAUUUACUUAACAGUUUGUCACAGUGUUCUCUCUCUCUCUCUCUCUCUCUCUCUCUCUCUCUCUCUCUCUCUCUCUCUCAAUAAAUAAAACUGAAUCUCGAAGUUGCUUGUUAC